AGCUGUAGCCCCAAACCUCAGUCCCCACUAAAAAUGGGCUCCUGGGCCUUCUGUGCAGUCCAGGCUGAGAGCUGUGGAUAAGCACUCGGGUGGGGGUGGCUCUCCCACAGUUGGUUCUCUUCUUCCUGUGCAAAGGGCCUGCUGGAAAGGAUGCAGUUCUUCUUGGGAAGGUCCCCAACAAACUACCGGCUGGGGGAUGGUCCAGUCCAAGUGUCCAGCUCAGAACUGCUACCACCUCUCUGAGAGCUCUUGGGACCAGCUGCUGAGUUUCCUGAGCCUCAAGUUUCUUGCCAGGUCAGUUCCUCUUUGAGCCCUAGUUGACGGACCCGCGGGCUGAGGCAGAUGGCACCCAACGUGGGGCUCGAAGCACGGAUUCUGGUCUGAAAGUCGCCCGAUUGAGCGGCCGCUCUCUUCUUAGAUCGCCACCCAGCCGGUGAGUGAAGAUCCGCAUUGUGAUUACCGCAGAAAUGCUUGACUGCAAUACAGAUCCGUAAGGUAAGGGAGGCGACACAAUUAUGGGACAAACACUUAGUAAGCAUGAACUUUUUGUUCAAGGCCUAAAAGCCUCACUCAAGGCACGAGGAACACAGGUUAAGAAAAAAGAUUUAACUCAGUUUUUUAUGCUCCUGGAGGAUAUUUGCCCUUGGUUUCUUCAGGGGGGGGGUACUAUAGAUGAAAGAAGGUGGGGUCGUGUUGGAGACUGUCUUAAGGAUUAUUAUGAAACUUUUGGCCCCGAAAAGAUUCCUGUUCAGGCUUUUUCGUAUUGGAACCUCAUAAAUGAGAUCCUCCAAGUUCGCCACCAACACAAAGAUGUGUCUAGAGUGGUUAAGGAAGGUGAAGAAUUUUUAAAACAUAAAUUUGCGGGGAGUCAGGCCUCCCUUGCCCAAAGACCCCUCUUCUGUCCCCCCUCAGUCGUGUCCCAUUGUCCCUCGGUUUCCAUACCGAUGCCUGAUGCUAACAGCGACACACAAUUACAAAAACCAAAAUCUAUAUACCCGGUUCUUUCUAACCUCAGAUCCCAAAGGCCCAAUGAUGAUAUCCUUCCCCCGGAGGACCAGGCCACUUUGGAAGAGGAGGCUGCUAAAUACCACACCUCAGAUUGGCCCCCUCUAAACCUCUUGGGCACACGACCUCCUCCCUAUAAAAUAGCCCCUCCCUUCUGUGCCCCUGCCUUGGCCUCUUCAACAGACCUUGAGGAGGUCACCAGACAAGCCACAGUUAAGCUCUCCCGGGAAGCCCAGUCCUUAAGGGCCCUACUUCAGGCCAAGAAGGAAAAGGCCCAACUAUUACAACUAUUUAAAUUGGACCUAGAAAUUAGGAACCCAAACUUACAAAAAUUAAUGACAAAAAAGGAAAAGAUCCUUCAUGCUUUUCUAGUCACUCGGUCUCAAAUUAGAGCCACUUCGGAAAAUCUAGAAGGAGAAUCUGAUGAUCAAGAGACUGAGGCGGAGGACAGAGAGGAAGAGCAGGAGGGAGGGCCCAAGUCUGAUGACUCAAAUGGGGAGGAGGAAGGAGGAGAGCGCAUGGUUAUUAGAGCUCAAAAAUACCAUCGCCUUAAAUUUACACAUAUUAAAGAAUUAAAAAGUGCUGUUUCCUUGUACGGUCCUACCGCUCCUUUUACCAUUUCUCUUUUGGAAUCAUUGAGCGAGGACUGGCUUACAGUAAAUGACUGGGCCAUGCUAACCGAGGCUACCUUAACACGAGGCGAUUUUCUUUUAUGGAAGGCUGAUUAUGGCGAAAGAUGCCAGGAUAUAGCUCGCCGUAACACAUCUGUUGGUGGUCACUCUAAGUCCUGGACCAUAGAAAAAUUGAUGGGCAACAAGCCAUUUGAUACCAAUGAAAAACAGGCUAAAUUUCCCUCAGGAUUGCUUGUUCAGAUUCAACACGCUGCCCUUAAGGCCUGGAAAAGCCUCCCUUCUCAAGGGUCCGCCGUUACCUCUUUGGCCAAAGUUCGACAGGGACCCCAUGAAUCUUACAGCGAGUUCAUUGGAUGCCUUACAGAGGCUGCCGAGCGCCUUAUGGGAAAGGAAGAAACAGAUAGUGAGCUUAUCAAACAUCUUGCUUUUGAAAAUGCCAAUUCUGCUAGCCAAGCGGCUUUACACCCCCACCGCCACAGCCACUGCUGUGACAAAGCCAUUACUGACUUUAUCAGACUUUGCUCUGAUGUUGACCCCGCCUUGCGUAAGAUCGGCCUGGCCAUAGGUGCUGCCCUUAAGGAUUUUACUCAGAGCCAAAAACCUAAAACCUGCUUUAAUUGUAAACAGCCUGGCCAUUUUUCAAAGGUCUGUACUGCCCUCAAGACUGAAAAACCACCCCCUCCGUCCCUAUGCCCAAGGUGCAAACGGGGAAAACAUUGGGCCUCUGAAUGUCGCUCUAAAACUGAUAUCCAGGGCAAUCCUCUACCACCCAAACGGGGAAAAAAAAAACCAAACAGGACAGAACCAUGGGGCUGUCAAGGUUCGUCCCCCAAGUGACCCCUCAAGCACCAUCAGCGCCCUCGAACGGGCAACCGGAGGAAGCGCAGGAUUGGAUCUCUGCCUCCUCCCACAAAAUAUUGACCCCCGAGUUAGAAAAUCAGAUUCUUUCCACAGGAGUAUUUGGCCCACCGCCCCCAAACACCUUUGGUCUCAUUCUGGGGCGUGGUAGUGCUGUUUUUCAGGGCCUUAGUAUUUCCCCUGGGGUUAUUGACAAUGACUAUGAGGGAGAGAUUGAGUUACUGGCCACUGCUUCUCAGGGGCCAGUCACAGUUUUUCCUGGACAAAGAAUUGCUCAAUUAAUAUUGAUUCCCCUUGAUGAGACAAACCCUAGCCUUACACAAAAGAGAGGAUCCAGAGGCUUUGGGUCUUUAGAUGCUUACUGGGUUCAGGAGAUUACUCAGGACUGGCCUCUCCUUAAGCUAAAAUUGGAUGGAAAAAUAUUUGAAGGCCUUUAUGGAUACGGGUGCUGAUGCUACAAUUAUUUCUAAAAGAGACUGGUCCCCGUCCUGGCCCCUUACCCCUUCUAUGACUCACCUUAAAGGCAUUGGACAAACCUCUAACCCAUUACAGAGCUCCAAAAUUUUAACCUGGGAAGAUGAAGAAAAAAAUAAGGGCACCGUCCAGCCAUAUGUGGUUGAGACUCUCCCGGAUAACUUGUGGGGACGUGAUAUUUUAUCCCAAAUGAAGCUUAUAAUGUGUAGUCCAAUGAAUUGGUUACUCAACAGAUGCUUAACCAGGGCUUUCGCCCUGGACAAGGCCUAGGAAAACAUUCUCAAGGCCUAAAAAAACCAUUCAGGUGGAGGAAAAAACCAAUCGUUUCGGUGUGAGCUAUAAAAAUUUAUCCUAGGGGCCACUGACAUGCCUGUACUCCAUGCAGACAAAAUAUCCUGGAAAAGGACUGAGCCUGUAUGGGUUGAUCAAUGGCCCUUAUCCUUUGAAAAACUGGCUACAGCUACUAUGCUGGUCCAGGAACAGCUUGCCGCAGGCCACAUUGAACCCACCACAUCUCUGUGGAACACUCCCAUUUUUGUAAUUAAAAAGAAAUCCGGAAAAUGGAGAUUACUUCAGGAUCUUAGAGAAGUAAAUAAGGCCAUGGUGCCCAUGGGAGCCCUUCAACCCGGCCUUCCCACACCCGUGGCUAUUCCCACGGGAUACCAUAAGAUUGUUAUUGAUUUAAAGGAUUGCUUUUUUACUAUUCCUUUACGCCCUGAGGACCGUGAACAUUUUACAUUUAGUUUACCAGUAAUUAAUUUUAAAGGCCCUAUGUAUGCCAAGAUUUCAGUGGAAGGUUUUACCCCAGGGCAUGGCAAAUAGUCCCACAUUGUACCAAAAGUUUGUAGCCCAGGUGGUGGAUCCAUUUAGGCAAUAAUGGCCCUCCAUAUAUUUAAUUCACUAUAUGGAUGAUUUACUUUUAGUGGGCCCUGACCCUGAUCAGCUUCUUUACUGCUCCCAAAGACUUUCUAAAGGCCUUAGUGACACUGGCCUUCAAAUUACACCAGAUAAGAUCCAGCUGGCUCCUCCCUAUACGUUUCUGGGCUUUGAGCUUUUUUAUAAAAGGAUUUUUCACAAAAAAUUCAACUUAGAACAGCCCAUUUACAAACCUCAAAUGAUUUUCAGAGGCACCCUGGGGAGUGGAGAGCACCCUGCCGCCCCAAGAGUAUGUACCCAACAUUAAAAACCCUCUGGGAGAAGUUACUGUGGGGGGUUCCCAUGCAGGGCGACGCUCUCGAUGAAGCUUCCCUUCCUCUUAUGUUUGUCCUGUUUACCAUAAAUGUAGAGAAGAUCACCACAAAUGUGGGAGCCAAGGAGAUCUUCACUGUAAAGCCUGGGGCUGUGAAACCACAUAUUGGAAUCUUUCCUCCAAGUGGGAUUAUAUAACAGUUAAGGCAAAUUAUACUCACCCCCCCAAUCAAUUGGGGUUAUUGUUCCUGAAUGUGAGCAACAGGAACCCUACACCAAAGGCUGGUGUCACCGCUUAAGAUUCAAUUCACCACUGCAGGAAAACUGACAGCUGGUGGGAACAGAGCUUUACCUGGGGACUACCACUCUAUCAAGCCGGUUCAGAUACGGGUGUUGUGUUUACCAUCAAACUAACAAAAAAACACCCCCAAAUUAUUCAAAACCGGUACCUGUAGGACCCAAUGCGCUCAUCCCACUGCCCAAAAAAGAACCAACCCUAAAACCUGAACCCAAACCUUCAGCUCCCUCUAUUAUAGACAGGCCUGACUCCUUUUUUAAACCUCCUAACACCAAAAACCUUAUUUUAUCCCUUAUUAAUCAAACCUUUCUUACCAUUAGCAAUAGCAAUCCACAAUUAGUAGAACCUUGCUGGCUCUGCUAUCCUUCCUCCCCUCCAUUCUAUGAGGGUAUAGCUGUACUUGGCCACAUUUAUGAAGUUGACGACCCCGCCCAAUGUCACUGGACCCAACAACCUUUCAACAAAGUGACAAUAGCCCAAGUUACGGGACUUGGACUUUGCAUUUUCAGUAAUGGCAGUCUUAUCCCCCCAGAAUAUAAACUUUUAUGUAAUCAGACCUAUUCUUUUACUUUGACUCAUAAAUAUCUACUCCCCUCAAAUGAUACAUGGUGGACCUGUAGCCAUGGCCUUACCUCCUGUGUGUAUAUCUUUUUUUUGGGGGGAGGGGGGGUCCAGUCGUGGGACCUGAACUCUGAGCCUGGGCGCUA